GUGAUACCUCUCACGCGGCUUUCUCAGUCCAGACUGCCGGUCCCUGCAUGGCAACAGGCGGGAGGGAUUCCCCUGCUCGUCGCCUCUCUGUCUUCCCAAGUAAAAACUGCUUCAGCGUUUAAAUUUCAAUCAGCCUGGCUGCUUUCACCGGCGCGCCCAUCCGCGGCGGCAUGUCUUGGAGCAAAAGUGUUACGCGCGGAGCGGAGCAGAAACUUUAAACGCGGGGACAUUUAAGCAUUAAAAAAAGAAAGAAAGAAAGAAACAAGCAGCAGUUGCGCCGAAAAGAAAGAAGGGACUCCACGCAGAUUCUAACUGAUGAGGCAGCCUCCAAAUGACAUCGAGAUGGCUUUAGGCGGGACGCUUUUGCCAUCCAUAUCCACGUUCGCCAGCGGCCCCACCGUGAAGAGUAAAUCCAUAGGAAGUGCCAAUUUAAGAUGGAAGGAGGAGUUGUCCCAUCUUAAGAGAACCAGUGUGCCAGCCGGAAGCAGCUGCCCUGAUCCUGACCACCCCACUUCCACCAGCACCGCACUCCCCAGCAUGUCCAAGAAAGACACAGAGCCAGACCUGGACUUGGACUACGACUUCAUUCUGUCCAACUCUAUUCUACAGCAACAGCAGCAGCAGCAGCAACAACAGCAACAGCAGCAGCAGCAACAGCAGCAGCAGCAGCAGCAGCAGCAGCAGGAGGACGCCAUGGCGCUAGGCUCUGCCCAGGCCCUGUCUCCUUCCCCUGGCUCUUUCUCCUCGUCUUACCCUCUUCCCUCCCCUCAAGGAACUGCCAGUGAGCUGCUCUAUACCAUCCCAGACAUCAGUGAUGUUUCGCCCUCUGGAGGCUUCGUGGCAGAGCUCAUGAGGCCCGAGUUGGACCCGGCAUACCUGCACCCUACCAGCCUCCACGGCAAAUUUGUGGUCAAGACAACAAUGGACAUGGGAGAAUACAGCCAAGGAAUGAAGGCCUGCAUUAAUGCUGUGUCAGACCCAACCGCUACACGUGCCUCGCCGUCUUUUACGUGCCAUCGGAUAAAGCAGGAGAAUCCCAGUAACUGCACCAUCUCGCAGCCGAUGGACUUACACCUGGCCGGGGUAAACUCGCAGGGCCGUGGGAACCAGCAGCAGCAGCAGCAGCAGCAGCGUCCCAGCCACUUGGAUCUACACGGGUUCCCUGGCGGAGGGCGAUCCAUGACUAGCAGCAGGUUAUCCUCAUCCUCUUCCCUCUCCCCAGACCAUCCGCUCAGUCGGGAGCACCAGGGGCUGGGCCACCCACACUCUCAGAUCCCUCUACCUCCACAGGGAUACCACCAUAGUUCCCCGCAGGGCUACUCUUCCUACCCUCAGACGUCGUCCAUGCAGUACCAAGAUCCCCAUAUGAUCUCCAGCGGGGACUGCCUGCCGGAGGAGCCGAAGCCCAAACGCGGCAGGCGCUCCUGGCCGAGGAAGCGGGUUGCGACACACACGUGUGACUACGUCGGCUGUGGGAAAACUUACACAAAGAGCUCCCACCUCAAAGCUCAUCACCGCACGCACACAGGGGAGAAGCCUUACCACUGCGACUGGGAGGGCUGCGGCUGGAAGUUUGCACGUUCGGAUGAGCUCACUCGCCACUACAGGAAGCACACAGGCCACCGGCCAUUUCAGUGUCAGAAAUGUGACCGGGCCUUUUCGAGGUCAGACCACCUCGCUCUCCAUAUGAAGAGACACUUAUGAGACUUGGUUGGAGGACCAGACAAAAUGGCGAUGGAUGAAGGCUCCAGGAAAUAUAAAGUAUAUAUAUAUAAGUUAGUAGAACUUUUUUUUUUUUAAAACCAUAAUUUGCCUUCAAGCCGGUGUCAAGCAACAAGACAAGCUGUGGCGUUCAUGGCAAAAACGAGCAUUACUCCUUUAAGAGAAUUUCUUUCAAGACUGAUGCACUCUGAGCAGGUGACUCGACGAGACCUCUCAGCCAGGGUUGUAAACUUUUAUGAAAGGGACCAAACUGGAAUUUGUCUUAUUUAACCGACAAACCUUGGAGGACCAGGUGCCAGCAGCUUUUAACUGGAAAUGUAUUUCUGUCAGGGAAACCAGGAGCAACAGACAAACAUCUCCAGAUGCCUUUUUACCAGCAGCACGUCAUCACACGUCACAGGCCGUUAACUACACACUGUUCAAAAAUACUGUAUUAAUAGAUACGUCUAUAUUUAUAUCCACAUUUCACCUGCAAUGCCAUUGAUUUCAGGUACAAUGUUAAUUUAUACCAAAUGGUGCUCAGUAACUCUGAAGAAGGUCUUUUUUUCUUUUUAAUAAAAGGUACCAAAGAUUAAGGAAAAACGGAUAAAAGGGUGAAAAGGAAAAAAAAAAAGUGCCAUAUGGUUGUUUGUGUGUUUCUUGGAAACCUCUCUUCCACAAUCUGACAUGAAUCAGGUGAACACUACACUUUUUUUUUUUUUAAAUGGUGAUGGCAAUCUUCGAUGCACUGCAGCUGCAGCGUGCAAUAAUUUAUAUGAGACAUUCAUAUUUUUGUAUUGAAUGAGUAACUCUGAACAAAGAUUUCUUUUUUUUGUUUAUAGCCAAAAUAUGUAAUAUAAUCUUGAACUUUGUACAUUUGUAAAUAAAAAUGCUUUGUUAA